AUGAAGUCCACGCGAAUCCGCGUGCCAUUCCGACUUCUGUUAUUCGGCGAGAUGGAAGUCGAAGAAGCCAACCAUUCUUCCGAGGACGCUGGCUUCAUCGGCUCCCGCGUAGAUGUCGGCCUGGUCUUGCGCACCACUCAACGAGAUUAUGCGCCAGGCGCAUUCGAGCGAGUCGGCGUUUUUGCAAUCCCAAAGGACUUUGACUACUUCGGGAAAGCCGAGGUGCAACGGCUGGUUCUCGUUUAA